AUGGGCAAGAAGAGAGAAAGAGACGAGGGCAAGCCUGCCGACGAUGUCCCGGACAGAAUGGACGAGGACAGCUCUGACGAUGAGGACUUCGAUGUCGUCAAUGUCGACUUUGAGUGGUUCAACUUUGACCCUGAGGUCGAUUUCCACGGCACAAAGACUCUGCUGCGCCAGCUGCUCGACGUCGAUGCUACGCUUUUCAACAUGUCCGGCCUUGCGGACCUGAUUCUCUCGCAACCCACCAUUGGCUCGACAGUCAAAGUCGAUGGCAAGGAGAAUGACGCCUACGCCCUCAUGACGGCAUUGAAUGUCAGAGAGCACAGCCAGAAGCCUGAGAUGGCCGAGCUGGCAAAGUACAUCAUCGCGAAGGCGCAAACGAAUGACGCCCUCGCCCCUAUCCCAAACCUUCUCAACAGCGGUGCCGAAGUGGGCUUGAUCCUUGGCGAGAGACUCAUCAACAUGCCCUCCGAGAUCGCCCCACCCAUGUACCGCAUGUUGAUUGACGAGAUCGAGGCUGCCGUCGAGGACAAGGAGCCUUACCAGUUCACGCACUACCUGAUCCUGUCCAAGACCUACCAGGAAAUCGAGUCGACGCUCACUGAGACGGAAAGGAAGGGCAAGAAGGUCAAGGCGGACGCCACGAUGUGGCACUUCCACCCCGAGGACGAAGUCUUUGUGAAGCACGCCGCGGCUCACGGCUCUUUCUCUUACACGAAUGAUGACCAGGCGGUAGCGGAUAGCAAGCGUGCUUUCCAGGAGAUGGGUGUCAAGUCGCACGGUUACCUUAUUUUGAUCGAGGCGAGCAAGUGGGAUGGCGCGGUCAAGGCAGUAGAGCAGUACCUGAGCCCGCCCCAAUAG